CACUCUCCCCUACCAUCGACAUCGAACAUGAACACCCCGCAAAGUAUGGCGCUGGGCUGGGGCGUGCUGGUGCUCGGCGCGGGCGCUAGCUUCUACUACGCGAAGAAGGGGAUCGACGCAAGGAGACGGGCGCAGGCGGUGAGCGGGGACCGGCCGGUGGAGAAGCUGGACUGGCAGCAGCGCAUCGCGCAGCAAGAAGCGGCUGCGGUGAGCGCGGCGACGGGGGAGAACUCGUCUGGUGUGAACACGUCGCCGGGGCUCGCGGAGGGGAUUGCGAGGAGCAGGGGCGGGAAGCGGGAUUCAUAGGGCUGAGCGGAGGGGUUGGGUUGGGUGUGCGGGAUGGGGUUCGGGACGGGGCGUAUGCGCACGAAAAGUACAUGGGUCGACUCGUAGAUUGGUUUCUCGUAUAAUGGUAUGGAUCGAUUUACUGGAGCUCAUCAGUGGCAAACGUAGCGCCACAGGCAAAGCGCGCGCUGGAGCCGGACGUCAUUCGACGACAUUGAAGCCUGACUUGGCGCCUGACGUCACCACACUUACUCCUACUACAUUAUAUACCACAGCUAUGUGAUCAUGGAGUGC